AAAGCAGAGCUCUCGAGGUACAUCAAGAUGCACGGAGUCACAGCACUCAUCCUUCUGAUCGCCAUCUCCAGUGUUGCUGCAGGCCAAUGGGGGAAAAUCUGCGCAGGUCAACCCUCCAACAAAAUCCGAGGCUGUGACAGCCAUGGCUGCGGCCACUACAACGCCCCCAGGGGAGGCAAGAAGCACAAAGGGGUGGACGUGGUGUGCACAGACGGCUCGGCGGUGUACGCGCCCUUCGCAGGGAAGAUCGACAGACAGGCCAAGCCCUACGGGAACGGCAACGCCAUCGACAACGGCAUCCAGCUGUCAGGAGCAGGAUUCUGCAUUAAGAUGUUUUACAUCAAACCCGUCAAGUACAGCGGCACCAUCAAAAAGGGAGAGAAAAUCGGCGUCCUGCUGCCCAUGCAGAGUGUCUACCAAGGGAUCACGUCCCACGUCCACAUCCAGAACUGCGACUUAACAAACCCCACUCCCAACCUGUAA